AUGCCGCCGUUGCAGGGUCGGGAAAAAGGCCUCAAUGACGAGCUGACAUGGGCGAUGAUGAUUCAAGAUGCAUGGGGUUUUGUGCAUCAGCUUCUCGGUUUGGAUGAGAAGCAUGUGCUUUUUGACGUUGGUGAUCGUGUCAAGACGGGCGAUGUAAUAGGGCUGGCACCUAGCACACCGCUCUCUGCGAUGCCUCCAAGCAAAAGGCCGCCAUUGGAUGUGCCCGUUCACUAUCAGGAAGAGGGAUAUGAACCAUAUCCGUUUCGCUUUCGCAAGCUUGAAAUACGCGUGGCUAGACCACAUCGUCACUGGACUCGAUAUAUGUCUCCUGAUGCGGACGGAUGGUCGUAUUUUAAUCCACUUCUGAUGUAUGUUCGCGGCCGUGCGCCACCGGUGAUGAUUCCUCCGUUCAUGGAUGUUUCUACCUUGGUGUUUGCGCCUUCCACAAGUGUAGAAGUCCCGCACGCUUUCCCUGCUUAUUCUGGAAAACGGGCGAUACCAAUUCCGUCGAGCAAGGUGGAUGUGUUUGUACGCAUGCAGACGUUCGUCGAGUCGCCAGGCGACGCUGCUGAUGCGAUGGACCCGGUGACGCCCUAUGCGAUGGACUGGGCAGUCCAGCCUGUGGUAAAAGGUGCACCCAAAACCUUGUGCGCUGCCAAGGAUGUGUACUGGCGCCGGUCGUUCGAGCACAGCAAGCUUGAGCUAGAUGACACGAGCUUGGACGAUGCCUCGUUCAUGAUACCCAGACGUGCGCGGUGCAUGGGAUGUGGCUCGUCCGAAGGACGUGCGUGA